UCAAAGGGGCGGGGUCCCGGGGUCCCUGAAAGGCUCCAACCCGGCGGGACCCACCCAGUUCGGCGCUCCCAUCUGCUCCCGCCAAGCCGCCCGUCCCGGACCGCCGCCGUCAUGCCCAAGUGCCCCAAGUGCUCCAAGGAGGUGUACUUCGCUGAGCGGGUGACCUCCCUGGGGAAGGACUGGCACCGGCCUUGCCUGAAGUGUGAGAAAUGUGGAAAGACGCUGACCUCAGGGGGCCACGCCGAGCAUGAAGGCAAGCCCUAUUGCAACCACCCCUGCUACGCGGCCAUGUUUGGGCCCAAAGGCUUUGGGCGCGGAGGAGCUGAGAGCCACACUUUCAAGUAGACCCAGGCUGUGGAGACCACAUCCCUGGCCACCUGCGGGCACUGCCCCUCCAGCCUGAUGCCUGCCUGGCCUUACACCCAGGCGCCAGGGUUCCCCUGGAGACCCUCAGGCCCUCAAUAAACGCCAACACUCUGAA